AUGAUGUCCAAACCUGCCAUGUUUGGCUCAAGCACUACAUGCGAGGGAGCCAUGGCUCGUCGAGGCCUUUGCGUGCUCUUGGCCUUGGUGUGUGCACUUCGAGCUGCUUUUGUUGCUGGAGGCCUCGGAUGGCGCCGCGAACGCUCACUGGCUGCGCUGGCUGGUGCCCGUGACAUCACGCCCUUGGGAAAUCAGGUCUUGGUUGAGGAGUUAGAAGAACCCGAGGACCAAAGUGGCCUGGUGUUGGCGGAAGGCAGUAAGAAGAAGACACGUUUGCGAUUAGGUCGCAUUGAAGCGUUGGGCCAAGGGAAUCCUGGAGAUCAGCGAGAACCCAAGCUGAUCGAGGCGUUGAAGGUGGGCGAUACAGUGCUUUGGGAAGACUUUGCUAAUCGCAAGUUAGAGGAUGACCCCGACAAUAAGCUCUUUCUUGUGCCCAUCCGAAGCGUGAAGGCGAAGGUGAAUCCGUGA